CUCUUCUUCCUCCUUUUCUCCUACAUUUCUCUUAUCUCUUCUUUCAUUUCCUUUCACUUAUCUUCCUCUUCUUUUUCUACUUUUCUAUCCUCUCUUCUUCCCUUUUCCUUUCACUUCCCUUUCCUUCUAUAUUUUCUAAUUACUAAUUUCUUUUGAUUUAUUUUAAUUUUUCUUUUUCUAAUGUUUUUUCAGUUUUCUUCUAUUGAUGCUAUUCAUUUAUUUUUGUAGGAUUUAAUUUAUCAAAAAUUGGGGCAUCAAUUUGAAGGUCUACAAUUCAUGACAUGCAAUGGCCUUUUUACCCAAUAGGUAUGGUUGUUGGGGAAUUUGCUACUCCUGUGGAACAUGGUUUGCGGUGGAAGGGCUGGCUGCCUGUGGUAGAACUUAUUGCAACAAUCCUGCCAUGCGUAAAGCUUGUGAAUUUUUAUUAUCAAAGCAGCUACCAAAUGGGGGAUGGGGAGGGAGAGAGUUACCUUUCCAGCCAAUUAAAACAAGGUAUGGUCUUGGAAAACCUUUGCCACAAGAUCUCCUAGAGAAGAAAAAAGUGCAUACAAACCUGGAAGGCCGCAGUGCAAACUUGGUUCAAACAACCUGGGCUUUGUUAUCACUCAUUGAUUCAGGACAGGCUGAAGUAGUUCCGACCCCCGUUCAUCGUGGUAUAAAGGUUCUAAUAAAUUUACAAAUGGAAGAUGGUGACUUCCCUCAACAGUAAAUUACAGGAGUGUUUAUGAGGAAUUGUGCACUAAACUACCCAUCUUACCGGAACAUAAUUCCCAUAUGGGCGCUUGGAGAUUAUCGCCGCCAUGUUAUAGUUGCAUAACUCUCUGAUUCCUAAGAGAAGGGAUGCACCAUAUAUGCAGGAGAAUACCAAUGUGAUGAGAGUAAACUGUCUACAGAGUGUCUCUUUCAUCUGCUAAUUAAAGAAUAAAUAUGUAUCUACAUG